AUGCUGUUUGACAACGCGUGCGCCGACAUCCAUCAACUGGAGAAUGAGCUGCUAGACAUGGAAGCGAAAUACGAAGCAACCUGCCAAAUGCUGAACGAAGCUUUGGGAAAGGUGGCGGAAGUCUUGCAAUUGACCAAGGUCGCAGCGGACGAACGAGACGAAGCACUGGAGGCAAAAAUACUCGCUGAACGCAAACUGGAAAGCCUUCAAGAUGUGGUUGAGAAUUUGUUGGAAGAGGCUGGAAAAAGAACUCAGGAAGAAGUUGAAAAAGUACGCGAACAGGCAAAUACAAAUAUCGCAAAGCUUUUGGACGAACUGCAGUCGGUUGAAAAGGAAAGAAGCCGACUAUAUUUACAGCUGAACCGCGGCAAACAGAACUCAGACGCACGGACACUCACGGAUGAGGGUUCAUCCUCCAAAGAAUGUUUAGAGCAACGGAUAACACAAGCGUUACAACGGGCGCGCCAAGCAGAAACCGAGCGGGAUGAUCUCCGACUGAAGCUAGAACUGAGUCAAGUGUCACAAGAACGCCUCCUCUCCGAAAAGCGAAAUGAAACACAACGCCUUCUGGAUGAGCAAAAGUUAUUGGAAACGCGCUUGCGUAACAUGGAGGCGCAGCGAUCAGCCAUGGAGGAGAAAGUCAGACACUACUUGGAAGCUGCAAACACAGCAGAAAGGAGGCUGACUGAAUUCCGACAAAAAUCUGAGAAUACGCAACGCUCAGCACUACAACAGGUUCUAAUCGCCCAUCAGUCUGCGGAGCUGCACGAUGCGGAGUACAGAAAGCGUAUUGAGAUCAUCGAGAGGGUGGCACAGCAAAGCACUCAACGUUGGCGAGAAUUAUUGGGAGCACAGCAAAAAGUCGCACUGAAAUGGAAGACGGAAGCAUACACUUUAGCUGAUCAGCUGGAGAAACAAGGCAAAACGUUUCAAACGGAGAUUUCCCGCUCCCGUGAAGAAACAGCACGGUUAUCCAAACGGCUUCAAAAAGUCAACAGGAAACGAGCCUUCAAAGUCGAGGCACAAAACACCGGAUGA